GCCCCCCAUUAACUUUGCCCCUCCACCCACCCACCCAACCGCUUCCGACCGGGCGAAAGAAGUCUCCGAUGGCCGGACCAAGGCAGCAGCUGAGCUGGCUCCGGAGCUGGUGGACUACUGGCGUGUGUUUGGCGACCCUGGGCUUCCCAGGCCUCUGGGCUCAGAAGGUGCUUGUCAACGAGACGGUCUCCGGCUUCAUCGGCACCAACGUGGUCCUUCAUUGCAACUUGGACAAGAUCAACCACACGAGGAUCACUCAGGUCACCUGGCAGAAAGCCAGCAAUGGCUCCAAGCAAAAUGUGGCCAUCUUCAACCCCAACAUGGGUGUCUCCAUCCUGCCCCCCUACGAGGAGAGAGUGGUCUUCCAGAACCCUUCCAGAACCGAUGGGACCAUCAAGCUGUCCAACCUCCAGUUGGACGACGAAGGGAUCUACAUCUGCGAGUUUGCCACCUUCCCGACCGGCAACCUGGAAAACCAACUCAAUCUCACCGUCUUGGCCAAACCAGUGAAUCGGAUGGAGGGCACCACCAAACCACUGAUCGCCAGGGCCGGCAUGACCGAGAAAAUCCUGGUGGCCACCUGCACCUCCUCCAAUGGGAAGCCUCCCAGCACUGUGACCUGGGAGACUAAGCUGAAAGGCGAGGCGGAAUUCCGGGAGAUCCGCAAUGAGAAUGGCACCAUCACUGUGAUCAGCCGCUACCGCCUUCUACCAAGCCGGGAGGCCCACCAACAGCAGCUGAAGUGCGUGGUCAACUACCAGUUGGAGCGUUUUACGGAGAGCAUGACCCUCAACGUGCUGUACGAACCCGAGGUUAGAAUCGAUGGUUUUGACAGCAACUGGUACCUCAACCGGAAGGAUGUGAAACUAACCUGCGUAUCCGACGCCAAUCCUCCCGCCACCGAGUACCAAUGGAAGCGGCUGAAUGCCUCGUUGCCGGACAGCGCCGAAAUUCAAAACAGCACUCUGUUCUUUAAAGGACCGGUCUCAUACAGCCUAUCGGCAACGUAUAUCUGCGAAGCCACCAACACCAUCGGCACCCGAUCCGGGCAGGUGGAAGUGAAUGUCACAGAAUUCCCCUACACCCCGUCUCCACCGGGCACAUCCGUGGCACAUCCGACUGUCCCCACCGCCGUGAUUGGGGGCGUGGUGGGCGGAGCCUCGUUGGUCGUAGUGGUGGCCGUGGUCGUCCUUAUGGUGCUCCGUCACCGGCGACACACUUUCAAGGGCGACUACAGCACCAAGAAGCACGUCUACGGCAACGGGUACAGCAAGGCGGGCGUCCCUCAGCAUCACCCACCCAUGGCCCAGAACCUUCAGUAUCCUGACGAUUCGGACGACGAGAAGAAGCCCGGCCCUCUGGGCAGCAACAGCUAUGAAGACGAAGACGACGAUGGCGCCGGGGCCGAACGGAAGCACCGGUCCUGUCCCAACAAGUACGAGGAGGACUCCAAGCGGCCUUACUUCACGGUGGAUGAGGGCGAAGCCCGUUCUGAAGCCUACAAUGAACGGACACUUGGAUUCCAGUAUGACCCCGAGCAACUAGACAUAGCCGAUAACAUGGUCUCUCAGAAUGACGGGUCUUUUAUUUCCAAAAAAGAGUGGUAUGUGUAGCGUGGUCCACCUCCUCCCCUCUCUUGCCCUCUCUUCACCGGCCACGUCCUGCCUCCGUGCCCCGGGGCUGGUGGCUGCUCCUCAGAGCCCGUGUGCC